CUUCUUCCUUUCUAUGCUAUAUUAAGAUCUAUUCCUAACAAAUUAUUAGGAGUUAUAGCUAUGUUUGCUGCUAUUCUUGCAUUAUUACUAUUACCAGUUACUGAUGUAAGUAGAUCAAGAGGUAUGCAAUUUAGACCUUUAAGUAAAGCAGCUUUCUUUAUCUUUAUAGCUAAUUUCUUAAUAUUAAUGCAAUUAGGUGCCAAACACGUAGAAUCACCAUUUAUUGAAUUUGGUCAAAUAAGUACUGUUUUAUACUUCUUAUACUUUACAGUUGUAAUGUAUGGUGUUACUAUGUUAGAAAAUACUUUAGUAGAUAUUAGUUUAUUAAAUAAUGUUAACAACCAAAAAAAGUAA